ACCGGGAGGAGCUUCUGUUUCGGGGUGUUGUGAAUUCGUUUUAGCCCAAGAAACCUCGAGUGGGAGUUUUUUGUGUUGUUGUUGCUGGUCGGUACCGAUUUGUUGUGAGUUUCGUCCCGUCUGUUCGCACCGAUCACCAACCGGCCAGCCGCCAUGCCCGGGAUAGAGAAGCUGCCGAUAGAGGAGACGCUGGAAGACAGUCCUCAGACGCGCUCUCUGCUGGGAGUGUUUGAGGAGGACACCGCAGCGAUGUCCAACUACUGCACACAGCUGUAUCAGGCCAUGCAGAGGAUUUAUGACGCACAGAACGAACUCAGUGCUGCGACACACCUGACCUCCAGACUGCUGAAAGAGUACGACAAACAGCGUUUUCCUCUAGGGGGCGAUGACGAGGUGAUGAGCUCCACCCUGCAGCAGUUUGCAAAAGUUAUUGAUGAGUUGAGUUCCUGUCAUGCCGUCUUGUCCACCCAGCUUGCAGAUGCCAUGAUGUUUCCCAUCACGCAGUUUAAAGAGAAAGACCUGAAGGAGAUCCUCACUCUGAAAGAAGUCUUCCAGAUAUCCAGUGAUGAUCACGACGUCGCCGUUAACAGAUACAGCCGCCUGUCCAAGAAGAGGGACAACGACAAGUUGCGGGCGGAGGCCGUGGAGGACGUCUACACCUCCCGCAAGAAGCAGCACCAGACCAUGAUGCACUACUUCUGCUCGCUGAACACGCUGCAGUACAAGAAGAAGACGGCUCUGCUGGAGCCGCUGCUGGGCUACAUGCAGGCCCAGAUCAGUUUCUAUAAACUGGGUUCAGAAAAUCUCACCCAGCAGUGGGUGGACUUCCUGGGAACCAUAGGAACCAGUGUCCAGAACGUGCGUCGGGAGAUGGAGCAAGAGGUCGGGCAGAUGCAGGAGACCAUCCUGGAGAUGGAGAGAUCAUGUGACCAACUGUACGCACCGUGUGACCCUGACCCCGCCCACACGCCUGUCUGUCGCAACCUGACCAGGAAACAGGGCUACCUGGCCAUCCGCAAUAAGACGGGGCUGGUGUCUUCGUCCUGGGAGCGCCAGUACUUCUUCACGCAGGGCGGUAACCUGAUGCAGCAGGGCCGCGGCGAGGUGGCGGGCGGGCUGGUCACGGACCUCGACAACAGCUCCGUCAUGGCGGUCGACUGCGACGACCGGCGCUUCUGCUUCCAGGUCACGUCCUUCGACGGCAAGAAAGUGGUGACGCUGCAGUCGGAAUGCAGGAAGGACUGCGAGGAGUGGAUCGCCACCAUCAACAACAUCUCCAAGCGGAUCUACCUGAGCGAGAACGCAGAGGAGCUGGCAGCCAGGGUGAACCAAUCGGCUCUCGAGGCCGUGACGCCGUCGCCGUCCUUCCAGCAGAGACACGAGAGCAUGAGGCCCAGCAGGUGUGUGUGUGUGUUUGUGUGUGUGUGUGUGUGUGUGUGUGUGUGUGUAAGUAAUCCAUUUGGAGAGUCAGGAGACGGCACAUCAGAAGACAGUGAAGACUCGAUCCUCCACCAGCUGUUCAUCGUUCGCUUCCUGGGCUCCAUGGAGGUGAAGAGCGCCGAGCCGCCGGACGUCAUCUCCGAGACCAUGAGGCAGAUCCUGGCAGCCAGGGCCAUCCACAACAUCUUCAGGAUGACCGAGUCGCACCUGCUGGUCACCUGCGACUGCCUCAAACUCAUCGAUCCUCAGACACAAGUCACUCGACUCAGGUUCCCCAUCACCAGUGUGCUCCAGUGUUCGUCCCAUCAGGACAACAAGAGGCUGUUUGGUUUCGUCCUGCAGGCGGCGGGCGGGCGGGGCGACAGCCGAACCGUCUGCUACAUCUUCGAGUCCAACAACGACGGAGAGAAGAUCUGCGACAGCGUCGGCCUGGCCAAGCAGAUCGCCUUCCACUCCGAGAUGGACCGUCAGGCCGUGGAGAAGAGGAAGGAGCACGACAAGGCGAAGGAGAAGCAGCAGGAGGAACUCAGCAAGCAGAAGCAGAUAGAGAAGGAUCUGGAGGAGCAGAGCCGCCUGAUCGCCGCCUCGAGUCGCCCCGCCAACCAACCCGCCGCCGACGGACAGUUCCUGGUGCUUAGCAACAGCCAAUCGGAGGACAGCGACGCCGGGGAGGAGGGGAAGAAGGAGUCUGAAGCCUGAGGGACGUGAAACGGAGGAGGCGUGUUUUACCAGCCAAUCGGAGGAGGGGGGGGGAACACCACCCGCCCCCGGCUGAAAAAACAUGCGCUCCCUCUCUGGCUGGACUCUGAGCGGAGGAUAAACUAAACGCACCCUCGCGAUAGGAGGAGGAGGAGGAGGAGGAGGAGGAGGAGGAGGAGGAGGGGUAUGAGUGGCUCUCCAGAAAAGGACGCAAAUAUAUCGAUUUAACCUGCAAGUUUCUGUUUAUUUGUUUUUGUUUAUUUCAUAGAGAGAGCAAAGGGCAGAGACCCCAGAGAUCACUGAACAAAAGGGGACGUUAAAGACGGGAGAGGGAGUUUUAUUUUGAAGGGUCCUUCCUGUUGUUCCUGGUCCUUUUUUUAAAAAAAUUUUUAUUAUUAUUUAAAAACUUUUUUUUUAAAGCUUCCUUUUGGUUUUCACUCAUUGAGCUCGUGGUUCCGUCUUCAGACCGAUCGAUUAAUCGAUAAAUAACCGAUUGAUCGUCGUAAACGAACGUUGCGCCGACAUCUUGAGAGAUGGAGCGUGAACGUCUCCGUUCAGGGAUCAACGGUCUGAUGUUCAGAGGUCACGAGUACUUCGUUAAUUACACAGGUUAAAAAUUGGACUACGUUUGGUUUAAAAAUCUACAUUUUAUUUUUAAAGGCUCCGUUUAUAUAAAUACAGAAAUUAGUUGAAAAGAAAUGAACAAACGAGGACAUGCGGUCGAAUUGAAAAUGACAACAUUUGAGCUUUUGAAUUUCACCACUUUUGCUUAAAUGUAUUUUUCAAAGUAAAACAAAAUAAAAGAUCAAAUAAAAGAUCAAAACCUUAGAAACGCACUUACUGGCUAAUCUUUUUAUCAGAGUAGGUCAAAUCCUGAGCCUCUGGGGUCAAAAGGUCAGCUCUGCUUAAUCCACAUCCUUUUUAUUGAUGUGUAAGAAAAUGCGUGUGCGUGUGCAUGUGUGUGCGUGCGUGUGUGUGUGUGUGUGUGCGUGCGUGCGCGUGUGCCACAAGGUGUGAAACUACAGAAUAAAAAAUAAAAAAAAUCUCUUUUCAUUUUAAGAUUUUUAAUUCCACAUAUCUGCAACUUCUGCCUCCUUCAAAAUAAAAUAGUUGCAUGAAAGUAUAGUGCUCAUAAAUAAUAAUAAUCACGUAUUGUAUCACGUUCUUUCUCCGGUCCAUGAAGAUGAAUAACAAAAGCACAAAUCCGAUCGAAUGAUCUCACUUUUUGGCCUUAUUUGUUGACGGAUUGCAUUUUAUUCACUCUGAAAACGUUGACGAAAAUUAACAUUUCUUAACAAUUCAUGUUCUGCCAAAUAAUCUGCUGAGUCUGCGUUUUUUUCCCUCAAUAUUCAUCUGUGCUUUUUACAAAAAAAACGUGUUUAUCCGUGUCAUUUGUUUCGGGUCCGCCUUGUUUUUCACAGGUUUUAUUCAUUAAUCUGCCUUUUUUCAGUCGAAAAGCAUCUGUUGUGUGGGGAUGUCAAAGGUCAGAGGUCACCGCCUCCCGUGGUGGAGAUGAUGUUUCUUAAAAGCCUAAAUCGACGGUUAACGACGGAGCUGCAGAAACGAUGACGUCGAACUGUAAAUGUUUCAGUGAUAAUUGUUUCAGUGUCAUAAACGAUGAUGAUGAUGAUGAUGAUGAUGAUAAUAAAAGGCUUUUUAGUGGUAAAUAAAAGCACUAACUCCA